UAUAUUUACAAUCUAAGUCUUAGGCGGUUGUCCUUGCACAACCAGCUGUUCGACUCCUUCCGUAGUCAAGUGGGUUGGAGUUUUGUGUGGGAGUGGUGUGACGAAUGAGUCACCAUAAAUUGAAAUAGUUGCCUUAGCGGCUUUAUACCCUUAGGUAAAAUAGAUGCGCGUCACUUGCCUUUCUUGAUUUAAGUCUUUUCAGAAGACUGAUGUUUUACUAAAUCUGAAACAUCCAAUAGUUAACCGAAAUAGUGGCUACUUGUUUGUGACUAUCAGAAUGCAAACCAACGAAAAUACUAAUGGUAUUACUGAAGGAGUAGACAGUUCAUUUCUGGAUAGUACAACAGAUAUAUUGGACUUUCUGAACACAUCUGAUACGGAUAAUGAGGAUGUGAAGGAUGCUGAUGAGAAUGAAGUGGAAAGAAAUCCAGAAGAAGAUUUAGCUAACGAUGAGGCUUCUUCGUUAACACUUUCUAUAACGAAUGUCGUUGUGAUGGCUAGUAUGCAGUGUCAUUUGCGGUUAAAAGAAAUAGCCAGAAGUAGUGUUAAUGUUGAAUACAAACCUCUUCAGAAUCAUGUCAUAAUGCGUUUACGAUCACCGUAUACAGUGGCUACAAUUUGGUCUAGUGGAAAAAUAUGGUGUACUGGAGCGAACUCACUUACCAAAGCGAAAAUCGGGGCUCGACGUAUCGCCAGACGAAUAGCGAAAUGUGGUUUUCCGUGUCGUUUUAGUAAAUACCGUGUUGUGAAUAUAAUGGCAACUUGUAAAUUACCAUUUGGUGUGAGAUUAGAAGAAUUGGUCCGAGAAAGACCAAUGCAGAUGAGUUAUGAACCCGAAUUAGCGCCUGGUCUCACAUUUAAAACUGAUCCUAAUUCAAGUACAUCUCUUAAACUUUUUUCUACAGGACGAAUUGUAAUUAUGGGUUCUAGUUUAGAUGCAAUCGGUUCUUUGGUUGAAGAGUUAGUCCCUGUAGCUGCAUUGCACCAAACAGAUGAACCUCUUGCGGAUGCUGAAGACAUUCAAGAACGUGAUGAAGCCCGAGCAGCGUUAAAAGCAGCCCGUUAUAUGAAUAUGAUACCGGAUGAUGGUUUUGGUGGUUUGGUUUACGGUGUUGAAGAAGAAUAUGAGAAUAGCGAAGAAAGUGACUACGAAGAUGGUGUUCGAAAUGGUUUCUCUACGGAUGAUUCAACUGACAGUGGUGCUUCCAUUGACAGUGGAGGUGUCAGCACCAAAGUGAAGCGUCGUAUCAAGCGUAAAACAUGUGUACCUAGUAUAUCAGAUUCUGGGUCAUCUGUAUCCAAACUACGAGGCUACGAUUCAUUACAAUCUGGGCUGUCACGUCACUUGUUGACUCCAAGAGAAGCUGCUAGUUUGGCAUUCUCUAGACGUAUUGCUGGAGAUGUUGAAGGAGCUCGCGAUUUAGUUGCAGCGGCUGGUGAAUUAAGACGUCAGCAUGAAUUACUUCAAAGAACAGGUCAAAGUAAUAUGUCAAGUGAUGUUCAAACAGAAGGUCGUUCAAAUUUCCCUCAAAAUGAUCCUACAUGGUGCCGAAAAGCUGUGGCUUCUGGAUCUACGAAACGUGCACGCGUGGUAACCUAUUCUGGAACAGAGGAUAGUGAAACGCAGGAUUUAUUUAACACUCCCGAGCAGCGUAAUCAACAAGUUUUUCCCCAACCUACUGUCUCUAUUAUUGAACAACAACAACAACAAAUACAACAAUCACAAAUCUCUCAACAGCAACAAGAAGUGAAAAUUAUUCAUACACCGCCUGGAAUUUCACUAAGCCCAACAAAUCCUACAUCAGUAUCUAGUGUAAUUACUCCAAUGAAUACAGUUGCCAAUUCCCUGCAGUAUGUUUUUAUUAAACCUUCGACAAGUUUUGGUCAAACUGUUUACAACAAUGUAGAUCCAACUGUUCACUUUUCUACACCAUCAAUGACACCGAUACAAACAAAUUCGCUUAUUCGUCUAUCCAUACCUUCAUCAAUUGGUAUGGUGGAUGGUCAAAGCCUUCAAGGAAGUGUAACCUCAACACCCGCUUCUGUUUAUCCUAUCCGUUUAUCGAAUAAUGUUACACCGAACUUUAUUUCACCAAACGAUGGAAAGGUUAGUCUUAAGUUUAUGAAAUGUUCAACUAAUAAUGCAGUUAUAAUCAAAUUGCAGUGAGACUAUGGAUAUUUAGCUUCUUUUUACCCAGGUUUCUGUAUUUCUAUAUUAUCUUUGGGUAUGUAUGUGUGUGUAUUUAUUUAUGGUGAUUUGGCUCCUCCUACUCAUUGUUGUUGUUGUUGAGGUAUCCAGCUAACAGUUGAUGUCUUCCUGCACUGUGAAGAUGCAAUGAGUUAUGCUUUAUGGUUCUCUUCAGGUUCUCUAUCUUCAUCUAAGUAAACAAAUUCAGAGGAAUACUGUAAAGUUAUAUAAAUCUCUAUUUGUGUAUGUUGGAUAAGAACUGUGAUUAUCAACAGUAUUGUUGAUGCUGAACAUGAAUUGUACACCGUGAAUAUUGUUUCACCUUAUUUCAAUUUAUAUUUAAAACGAACUAAACACUUUAUAACGCUUAAUUUAGGCCUUCAAAAAAAAUUAUAUACAUUUAUGUUAUCUACAGUGAAGUAUGAGGAUCUUGAAUGCUGUGAAUAUCAUUUCUCAUCUGAAGUAAUGAAUAACUUACUGUUGAUGAUUAUUAUUCAUAUUCACUGAUCUGUGUGUGUUUGUGCACGUAUGUGUAUUAUAUCUGCAUCGCAUAUGUAGAUAAUUGAUCAUCUUCACUGGAUUUCGGUGAACUGUUAGAUGCUUACUAUUUUGUCGUUUGCUUUCACUUCAUUCAGCUUACUACUUUUUUUUUUUUAACCCGCUCGUCUUCCAACGCAUGUAUAUAUACAUAACUUUUUACGUACAAUUGUGUUUGUAUGCAUGUGUUUUAGUGUAUAUCUAUAAGGGAUGGUUGGUUGGUACUUGGUUGUCAUUAUUUCUUUGUCCCUUGGGUUCCUAGUGGAACAUAGGUCUUCAGUAGCACGUCUGCAAUUCGCUCUGUUUUCUACAGUGUUUUUAACCUGGUUCCACGAUUGCCCAGAAACUCUCAUUUCUUCCUCACACCACCUCCUCCAUGUCACCCUUUCCUCGGACGCCCAACUCGCCGUUUCCCAUCUGGGUUCCACUAGAGUGCCCGGCACAUGAUGUCCCGGAAUGGUCUUCUCAGUGCAUGCCUAAUCCAUCUCCACUUCCUUCUGCAUAUUUGUUGAGCGAUAGGUUAUUGGUUGGUUCGUUGCCAGCUUGGUUGUCAUAAUUGAUAUUAUUAGCAGUGAAUAUAAAUAUAAGUGGUGGGUCAAUAGCUUCACUUCUAGCUAACAAGUGACAAUGUAGUAUGAGUAAAAUGAUGCUAUCUCAAUGGAUCUUUGAAUGUCACUAGCAUACAUACAGUGAAUACAUGUAUACAUGCCUUUGAAGGGAAUUACUGAGGUUUAUGAUUUCAAUGCGGAUCAGUUAGACUGGUUAUACUUUGUACCCUGAUAAUGUGUUCAUUCUUAGGUAAUGGAGUACAAAAUUUGGUGAAUAUAUACACUAUCAAUACAAGUCUGCGAAACCAUAGCUGUCUCAGAUAGUCAAACUGAUUAUGUGCAUUUGUCAUAUAUAUAUCAUGAAUAGGUGCAGUUACUUCUUUUGUGUAUCUCAGUGGUGGAUAGUGCCAAGCAGUGGAAUCUGGGACACGCAUUUUGUCCUGUUUGGGAUGUAUCUGCCUCCCACUGGGACUUGAACUCAGAGCUGAUCGCUUCAAACGCCAGAGUCUUAUCCACUACACCACACCGAGUCAUGAAUAUGUGUAGGUAAUGGUUAAGAAGACAUAUAGAAAGUCGUUGAGUAGUCUGUAAAAGCAAUCAAGUCAUUUAACAGAAAUGGAUAUUAUUGCUGA